AUGGAUACUGAUGGUGCUACAUUAAUGAAUAUCUAUGGUGGAUUAGAAGGGCCAGAAUCAAUGUAUCUAAAAUUAAUUUCGUCAGAUGGACAUGAAUUUGUUGUACGCCGUGAUUUUGCUUUAACAUCAUCACCAACAAUUAAAAAUAUGCUUAGUGGACCAGGACAAUAUUCUGAAUUGCAACCAAAUGAAGUAUAUCUUAAAGAUAUACCAUCUCAUGUACUUAUUCAUCUUUGUCGUUAUUUUUCUUAUAAAAUUAAAUAUACAAAUUCAUCAGUUGAUAUUCCUGAAUUUCCAAUGGAUGUUCAAGUAGUCGUGGAAGUACUAGUUGCAUCAGAUUUUCUUGAUUGUUAG